AAAUAUCCCACAAAAACGGACAUCAAUACAGUAUAUACAGAAAUCUUAAAGACAGUUUGCUUUCGUUUUAUAAGGAUAUAUUUUAUAUCUCAACAAAAAUUUAUUGGACAGGAUAGGAAAAAUGUUGUCUCUUCGGGUUUUAUCGGUUAUCGGUGUGUUGUUAUUAUGCGGUGAGAUGGAUGCACAAAUCACCGUAACGAUGCGACCUCCACCGCGUCCUAUUACUCCCAUGAACGCUGGGGGAUUAGGAGCCACACGUACUGGUGAUGCUAAUGCCCAGGCCAUUGCCGAUAAAGUAAAAGGUCAACUGCAGCGGGUUUUGGGUAAGACCUUCACGACGUACAAGGUGAAUUCGUACCGCGUACAAGUGGUGGCCGGGACGAAUUACUACAUGAAAGUGUACUUGGAAGACACACAGAACCAGAAGUACGUGGCGCAUCUGCGGAUAUUUGAGUCGCUGGACGGCAAGGUCCGCCUCAGUGGCGGCAUGUUCCCGACGAACUGGAAUGAUCCCAUCGAUUUCAGCGGAUACACCAGUAUUCAAAAUUAAACUACCACAAGUUUAGAGUGUCAUCCAGGACUUAUAUCAGACAAAAGUAUGCAACUGGUUUCUACGUGCUCAUUAUUAUACUGUUGACGAUGAAUGGUAACGGUUUAUCUUUUACCGUACAUAUGCAGCGUUUUCUUAAAGAUGCCGUUUGUUUUUAUUACAAAUUGGUUCUUCCUUAUCUGAGCAUAUGCAUUCUUUCGAAAUGUAAAUGCCGUGUGCAAUAUUUCUGUGUGCAACAUUUCAGCGUCAUGAUCGUCAUUGAAUUUUAUUCUUUAAUCGGCAACGGCCACUUCUUAGAAUAAAAAGCCAGCGCUGG